UACCACAUCACACCGCAGGACUAUUGUUGAAUCUACCGCCAAAGCUGCACUUCCUCCAUACAUAAAUAUAUCAUCGAUGCACACGCACACGAACACACGUGUGAUCGACAAUGCGAGAGCUCUACAAUGUUGUGCAGAGUUAGAAACUCGAAUCUAAUCCGAUGCACGUUCUGAUAGGUCUAGAGCAGAAUAUACACACUUCACUGUAACCCAGCGUUGCUGCAGAGAGCAGAAUGGACAGGAACAGGAGUUCAGAUAUAUAUGAGAAUUCGGAAGAUAAGGUUUCAUGGGAAUGCGAAUACGCAAACUGGGAGAAACCGAGGAACGCCAGGAACAUAAACGAGCAGGAACCUCAACACUCAGGAGAUGAUACUGCACGGAGGAGAUGUUCCAUAUGGUCCACGGUGUGUGUCGCGCUGCUGUGCGUUCUCCUGCUGAGCGGCGUUAUAGUGCUGUCUGUGAAACUCAACAACACGACAAGUGAACGAGACCAGUUGCAGAUCAGCUUUGACAAUAUGACUGCAGAGCGAGACCAGCUACUCGCUGAGAAAGAUGGAUUCCAGAUGCUGAAUAUUUCCAUACUGCAGUGUCAGCAGUAUUUCAUCACAACAGAGAAGAAGAGCUGGAGAGACGCAAGACUGUACUGCAGCUCGAGAGGAGCCGACCUUGUGAUCAUCAACAGCCGAGAAGAACAGGUGUUCAUCAGUAAACUUUUCAAGGGUGCUGAGGCUUGGAUUGGCCUGACCGACACCGUUGAAGAGGGGAAGUGGAAGUGGGUGAGCGGCACAGAACUGGCCACUGGGUUCUGGUGGGACGGAGAACCUAAUGACUUCAAUAAUGAGGAGGACUGUGCUGUAACUAGCAGCAAAUUUGCUAAAGCUGAAGUUAUGACGUGGGCGGAUUAUCCCUGUAAUCUUCAUGCACUUGCGAUUUGCAAGAUGAACGCAAAUUAGUAGAGCGGGUUUUUUUUUUUUUUUUAAAUAACUCAACAUAGUCUGUAUUUUAUUUAGCAGUUUAUUAACCGGGGUUGCGGUUUUUAUGCCGAGUCUGGCUAGUUUUGGAAGAAUGUCUCAGGGCGGGGAUGUUGCCAGGGGUUUUUUGGGCUAGUUUAAUGAUUGACUGUGGCCACCAUGAUUUUGUAGCAAAUAAUCUGAAAUAAACCUAAUCAGUUUCUAGAAGCAGCAUGAAAUGUAAGAUAUAUAUCGCAAGCAUCUGGGGCGGGAAAAGGGGAUUUUGGCCAUACUAAAACGGGUAAUUGCAUUCCACUUCAACUCAGAAAUGCGACACGGUGAACCGCAGUGAAAAGAAGAAAAAGUCUCUCGAUUUUCCGACGUCUGAUUUUUUGGGGCUGGUUUCAGGUCUUUUUUGCGCAAGACGUAAUUGUGCGAGAUGUAGUUGGGCUGGAAAUUCUGCGGAGACCUGGCAACCCUGUUUUUACCACACACUGCAAAUCCAACAUCACAUUUAAUGACUAUGUAAAGAGUCAAAAUGAUUCCAGUGCUAUGCUGUUCUGGCCAAUCAGAUUCCCCGUGUACCAGUCAAGUCAUCAUCAUGCUUUACAUUUUUUUUCUGGGCUUUUUGCUUGGAUUUCUCACUGAAUCAUAAAUCCUAAUUGAUAUUACUGA